AUGGGGAUUAUGCUUCAAGUUAUUCUAGGAAUGUUUCAAUUCCUGCUGCUAACCAGAAUACCGACGUCCCAUGCCAAGCUUGCUCAUUGGCGGCCGGCAGACUCCCCAAAAUCCAGGGAAGGUCGAGAAGUGCGGCGGUGGUUGGAGGUUUAUUCGCGCAGCGGCUGUGAGCCUCGAGACACUCUGGUGGAGGUUUGGCGGGAGUUGCCGGGGGAGACGCACCAUCUCUUCGUCCCAUCCUGUGUGUCGGUGAGACGAUGUGGUGGCUGCUGUGCUGAUGAGGCCCUGGAGUGUGUUCCUUCGCUCACACACACACUCACCAUGGAGCUGAUGAGGACCUCCUUCAUGAAACAUGAGCUCAUGGAGCUGCCGUUCGUCGAGCACAGUCAGUGUGAGUGCAGGUUGAAAGGAGAAAUCCAGCCAACACCUACAAUAAGGCCCCUUCUGAAACCAACAAGAACAAACAAGAAAAAAGAGAGACAGAAGUCCAGACAGAAGACAAGUGGAGCCAUCAGAGCUGCGACCCAUGUUCCCCCAACUCUUCCUCCCCCAUCCACCCCUCCUCCUAUAUCGCCUCCUCCUCCAUCACAUCCGCCCACCAGCCUUACUCCCUCUCCGUCGCCAUCUCCGAGGCCUCGUUGCCGCCCCUGCAGAGGGAGGAAGUGGGCACUGGAUGCGACGUCUUGCCAGUGCCACUGCACCAUCAGAGCCGAGAGCUGCAGCCGGAAAGAGCGUACGCUCAACCCUCGCCGCUGUCGGUGUGAUGCCAUGAGGACUUGAUGUGUCUACUCACUUUCUUUUCACCUCCUUCUUUCCACCCACCCCUGUUGAUUCAUCGCCCACUCUCAGCAUCAGUGCCAUGGAGCAUACAGGCGCUUGGACAUCCAGUAACCUCAGACUGAAGGAAGUAUUAACGGAAGCACACACAAGAACAUGUAGCAGCGCUCUUAUUUAAGCAACUAAAGUGCAGCUUUACAGCCAGAAUAUAGAUCUACGUAUGCAUGUGCAGGCAAACAUCUUACCACUUCCUCUACUCCUGUGGCAAAGCUUUUGUCAGUCCACAUGAACAUGCGUGUCCAGACAUGUAGUCACAGACGCAUCCCAUGAGUGGAGGGAUGAAGUGGCAGCUUAAUGGCAACUUUGAGAGACAUGGAUUUCUGAAGAAUUCUGUCUUGGUGGACACCAUCACUCCUGCUCUGCUGUGAUUUGAGGUUCUUUAGGUCUGAACUAAUGACACAAGAGAGCAGUGGAAACUUGACUGAUUAUACAAGAACAAUGGAUAGGACGUUGAUCGGUCUUACGCAAGAGUCCUACGUGUCAAGGCCCAUUUUUGUGUGGAGGAUUUGAAAAGCAACCGCAACAGGUUAUAGAUGUGCACGUCCACAUUCAGGCAUACCAGAAGGACAUAGGACAUGCACAUGAACUGGCACCCCAGUGUGCGUGGGCCUAUAGUUAAGCUGAAUGCUGGGAUGGAGAGUAUCUGUGUGGUCUCUCCACUGAAAGACCCAGAUGGGAUAUCCCUGCAGCCGUUCUCUCUCAUUCAAAGCGUAUGACCACGGGCUGGCUCUCCAAGCCGCUUUCCGGCAUUUGUUUAAUUUGGGUCUUUUGUCUCCGUCUUCCCUUGGCUCCUGGAUUGAAAGCAGCCGCUUUGCCUCUCUUUGCCUCUCUUUUAGGCAGUGAGGAGAAUGACAAUAAUGAGGCCUGGCGGCUGUCCACUGCUUCACACACAAACAUUCACACUUCUAAUACUAGGAACACAGACAACACUGCAAAUGCAGACACACACAGCCUCACUCACUCUGUGCUAUAGCAGGCACACAUACAUUCAUAUUUACACACACACACGCAAUGUGAAAUGAAUGCAGGUAGCCUUAAGCAUUUGUUUGUGCCACACCAAGUGUGCAAUUAUACACAUGUUAGUUGUUUAUAUUUGCAAUUUACUGCAAAGUCUUCAUUUAAUAUUGUAUU